CAAAACCGAGUUUGUUUUCUUAGACGCAUCAGAUAUCAUUUCCCAUCUGUCUGCAACUUCAGUCGCGGCAGAGACGCGUGCGUUGCGUAAGAGAUUGCACUGUCGGGGGAUUCGGUUUCAAAGCUGCACAGCUUCACAACUUGGCCACGGUGACAAUGGGCCAUGUGUCUUGCAGCAGAUUGCCCCGGGUGGCAUAUAUAAAGAGGGUAUCGCGAUCAGUUUGUCAUCAGUUCACUAGAUCUCGGCUUUUGAGUCAGCUGUGCUCACUUUGCAAUUCAAACUCAACUGGCAGCACCAUGAACAUCGUGACCUUCAGUUUGAUUCUGUGCGCUGCAGCUGCAAUAGCUGAGGCGGGCAUCAUUGUUGGCCAUGCCGAUGAGUUGAUCUCCAGCCCGCCUCAAUACGAGUUCCACUAUUCCGUGCACGACAGCCACACGGGCGAUGUGAAGGACCAGUUCGAGCAUCGACGUGGCGAAUACGUUACGGGUCGCUAUUCGCUCAUCGAACCCGACGGACAUCGUCGCGUCGUUGACUACAGCUCGGAUCCGCUGCUGGGCUUCACUGCUCAUGUGCGUCGCGAACCCAUUUCGAUUCUCUCACGUCAUUAAAACAUUUACAAAAUGGUUAUAAAGCAUCAUGUCUGACUUGUAUACUACUAUUAAUAUUAUUAAA